UCACUUUUGAUUGUUCCUUAUUCUCAGCUACCAUGAAAUUCGGCAAGAGCCUAAGCAACCAGAUCGAAGAAACUUUACCUGAAUGGCGCGACAAAUUCCUCUCCUACAAAGAACUCAAGAAGAAACUCAAACUUAUGGAGCCACGAACCGUCGAGAAUCGUCCAACCAAACGUUCGAGAUCCGAUUCCAAUUCUGUCGACGCAGAUCCAACCGCUGGUAUGACCAAGGAAGAGCUCGAUUUCAUUAGUCUUCUUGAAGACGAGCUUGAGAAAUUCAAUUCCUUCUUCGUUGAACAAGAGGAAGAGUAUAUCAUUAGAUUAAAGGAAUUGAAGGAUCAAGUGGCAAAGGCGACGAAUUCUAAUGAAGAGAUGAUAAAUAUAAAGAAAGAGAUUGUUGAUUUUCAUGGAGAAAUGGUCUUGUUGAUGAAUUAUAGUGCUCUUAACUAUACAGGAUUGGCAAAGAUUCUCAAAAAGUAUGACAAAAGAACCGGUGCUUUAAUCCGUUUACCAUUUAUCCAAAAGGUUCUACAAGAACCUUUCUUCACUACCGACCUACUCAACACAUUUGUGAAAGAGUGCGAGGCUAUGCUCGACCAUCUCUUCCCGUCUAACAAAAGUCGGAAUCUGGAUGAAGAAGAGGGAGAACCGACAACUUCUGGAACGGUCAAGACAGCAACAGACGACUCUGAUCUUCUUAGAGUACCAAAAGAACUGUCUGAGAUCGAGUAUAUGGAGAGCUUGUAUAUGAAGAGCACUGUUUCGGCAUUAAAGGUAUUAAAGGAAAUCCGCAGUGGUAGCUCAACAGUAAGCGUCUUCUCGUUGCCACCAUUACCGGCAAGUGGAUUAGAAGAUGAUUCAUGGAAGAAGAAGGUUGGUGUCCUCGAACAAGUAGCGAAAUGAAUUAUGACUAUUGUUUUUAUUUUUUUCUUUCUUUAAAUAGUUAUGUACAAGUAAUUGUAUACGCUUACAGUUGUAAAAGAUGAAUCAAACCAUAGAAGUGUGAUCAUCUUUCCUCAAUGUAAACUUGGUUGCGUGUACCUUUUCUUUUGCUGCAUAUCAUGAAUGAAAAAUCUUCUGUAAG